UUGCAAACUUGUCUUGUCGUGUAUAAUACUAUAACUUUCUAGUUUAGAAGUUCAUAUAUAAGGCAAAUAGUUUAUGUAUAUGUGUGUUGUAAAGACCAAUUUGUGUGUCACGUUAAAAAUCAUAUACUAGAUCUGGUCGAAAUCAGCCUAAUAUUCUGAGUAAUAGCCAGCUGUAAUUCCUGCCAUGCGAAGUCACGUACAGAUGAAAAGUGUACUACGAAUCGAUAACAUCGUGCUCAGGGGCGAAGGGCAAAGGGAAACCUACAUGUCAUUAACUGUUUACGUACAUUGUCAGUAACUGUUAUAAAAAAUCGACAGAUCUGUUUAUUAAAUACCGGCAUGCACUGCGAUUUUCUGUAAAUAAUAAAUUAAAUAAAUAUAUAUUUAAAAAACAAGUAUUAUUAGUUGAUAAGACAUUACACGAAUUUGUCUAUAAUGCAAAGUGUUAUCAAUUCUGUAAAAGGUACAGCAUUGGGAGUAGCAGAAUACUUAACCCCUGUGUUAAAGGAAAGUAAAUUUAGAGAAACAGGUGUUUUGACACCAGAAGAAUUUGUAGCUGCUGGUGAUCAUCUUGUACAUCAUUGUCCUACUUGGCAAUGGGCUACAGGUGAUGAAGAUAGGGCAAAGUCAUAUUUGCCAAAAGAAAAACAAUUUUUGCUUACUCGCAAUGUUCCUUGUACACGCAGAUGUAAACAGAUUGAAUACAGCAAAGAACAAGAAUGUAUUAUAGAAGCUGAUGAUCCUGAAGGUGGAUGGGUUGACACUCAUCACUAUGAUACGACUUUUGGUGGUAUAGAUGACAGGAUAACAGAAAUGACAAUAGAUGAAAAUCAAUUAGUUCAAAAAUUAGAUAAAAUUGAUUCUCCUGAAGAUGAUGAAGAUGAUGAUGAUGAAGAAGCUGCUGACAUGGAAGCAUUUGAAAUAAGUGGCAUGCUUGAUGAACAAGAUAAGUUCACUGCUGAGACUUCAAAAAAGACUGUAAAAGAAAAAACGGAAUUAUUUUCUGAAGGUGAAAUUAUCCAUACUCGUACCUACGAUUUAUACAUUACCUAUGAUAAAUAUUAUCAAACACCUCGAUUGUGGCUUUGUGGUUAUGAUGAGAAUCGGAAACCACUUACAGUAGAAGAAAUGUAUGAAGAUGUUAGUCAAGACCAUGCUAAAAAAACUGUUACGAUGGAAAUGCAUCCUCAUUUGCCUGGACCACCGAUGGCUUCUGUUCAUCCGUGCAGGCAUGCUGUCGUAAUGAAGAAAAUUGUAGAGACAGUAAGUGAAGGUGGCCGGGAGCUUGGUGUCCACAUGUAUCUUAUAAUAUUUUUGAAAUUCGUGCAAUCUGUUAUACCUACGAUUGAAUAUGAUUAUACCCAAAAUUUUAUGUUAACAGCAUAAGCAUACGUAACUAGUUAAGUGUAUUACAAACAUAUAAAUAUUUGCAAUAUAAUAAUAUAAUGCUAACGUAUAUACGUCAAUGUCAAUUAUGAUUAUACUCGAUUUGAUCAAUCUACUUGCACAUAA